UUGCAGAUUGCUGAUUUUGGACUCUCUAAUCUCUAUCAUAAAGACAAAUUUCUGCAGACAUUUUGUGGAAGUCCACUUUAUGCAUCACCAGAGAUUGUAAAUGGGAGACCUUAUCGAGGUCCUGAGGUUGACAGCUGGGCACUCGGUGUACUUUUGUAUACUCUGGUUUAUGGAACAAUGCCAUUUGAUGGUUUUGAUCACAAAAAUUUAAUUAGGCAAAUAAGCAGUGGAGAAUACAAAGAACCAACGCAACCAUCAGAUGCUCGAGGACUAAUCAGAUGGAUGUUGAUGGUUAAUCCUGAGCGUCGAGCAACCAUUGAAGAUAUUGCAAACCACUGGUGGGUUAACUGGAGCUACAAAAGUAGUGUAUGUGACUGUGAUGUCUUGAAGGACUCAGAAUCUCCAUUGCUUGCCAGAUUCAUCAACUGGCAUCACCGUUCAACCAGCCGGCAGCUUGAGGCUGAAAACAAAAGCAAGUGCCUUUCAAAGCCAUCUGAAGUAUCACUUGAGCGACAAAGAUCUCUAAAGAAAUCCAAGAAGGGAAAUGACAUUACACAGUCUUUGCAGGAUGGCUCUGAAGAUACCACCAUAUCAAAGAGACCUAAAAGCAUCCUGAAGAAAAGAAGCAAUAGUGAGCAUCGGUGCCACAGUGCUGGUUUUAUUGAGGGAGUUAUUAGUCCUGUAUUAUCGCCUACUUACAAAACUGAAAGUGAUAAAGGGAUCAUUGAUUCCUGUCCUAAGAAUGCCAAGGAAGUAGUCAAACCACUUAUAUGUGGUUCAAAGCAGCCUACAGUUAUGCCAAAGAAAGGCAUUUUAAAAAAGACUCAGCAAAGGGAGUCUGGCUACUAUUCUUCACCAGAGAGGAGUGAGUCUUCAGAACUAUUGGAUAAUGAUGGAACAGAAAGUGGGAAUACAUCUCAAGUUGUCAGUGAGACUAAACGGACUGUGUCUCACAGCCUUUCCUGUAGACGAAAAGGCAUUUUAAAGCACAACAGUAAAUAUUCAAAUAGCAGUACAGAUUUACCAAUGGCUAGUAUCACCACCAAAUCACUGGAAUCAAUGGAACAAGGACCUCUGCCUGUGGAAGGAUUGUCUCGAAGCUACAGUCGUCCAUCCAGUGUAAUUAGCGAUGAUAGCAUCCUCUCAAAUGACUCAUUUGAUUUGCUUGAAUUGACAGGUGGUAGGCCAAAUCGACAGAGAAUACGUAGUAGUUGUGUAUCAGCUGAAAAUGUCCUUUUUGUUAAGGAUUUUGAGAGGCUCCAAAAAAGUCCUCGUCCACAGAACCUGAAACGUUUCCGUAAUCGUUUUGCUGACAGCAGUUUUUCUUUGUUAACUGAUAUGGAUGACGUUACUCAGGUUUACAAAAAAGCUUUGGAGAUCUGCAACAAGCUUAAUUAG